CGUUUGGCGCUCAUUGGAUCAAAGCGGUCCGAUUGAAAGUUGCGGAGUUUAAGCCGCGGGUUGUAAAGGAAAACUUGUCCUCAAGUAAACAUGCCCGAGCACCCGUUUGGGCAGGCUUGAUCGGGAAACAGCCGAAGAAUGAGCGCGUCCAAUUGGACGAAAGCCGAGCUGGAGGACUGCGGCGGUCCUCUGAAGAUUUGGGCCACCGUGUACGCUUCAGAGUACCAUCCGUACUGUGCGGUGGUGGUUUGCGUUUUGGGCAUCGUGAGCAACUGCUUGAAUAUUAUGGUUCUGAGCAGAAAGGACAUGGCCAGCGCUCCGAUCAAUCGCAUCCUGACCGCUCUGGCCUGGGCCGACAUACUGCUGAUGCUGGAGUACAUUCCAUUCACCGUCUACUACAAAUGGGACUCGCAGACGAAGGAACUCACGUAUAAUGGAGCGAUUUUUAUUCUUUUCCAUAUCCAUGUCAGCCAAGUGUUGCACACCACCUCCAUUUGCUUGACGCUCACUUUGGCCGUUUGGAGGUUCCUUGCCAUCAGAUUCAUCGAAAAGAACCACGUUCUGUGCUCGCACAGGCGCUGCACUGUUGCCAUCUACUCCAGCUACGUUCUUCCCAUCUUCCUCUGCCUGCCUCAGUACGUCACCUUCAAGAUCGAAAGCAUUGACAUUGAGGAAGAGGGCGUUGUGUACACCCUGUACCGCGUGGGGCUGAGCGAUACGAUCGAAAACUACAAAACUCUACUCAAAGUGAACUUUUGGAUCUACUCGAUAUUCCUCAAACUGUUGCCCUGCCUCAUUCUAAUUGUGAUCAGUUUCUGGCUGAUCCGGACCCUGUUCAGGGCGAAGCGCGGCAGGCAGAUGCUGAAGGAGAACAACCCGCUGGUCCUCAAUGGGAGGCAGAAGAAAUUUGAGAGGAGGGCCGAUAGAACGACGCGAAUGUUAGUGGUGAUCCUAUUUCUGUUCCUGCUCACUGAACUGCCUCAAGGGCUGUUUGCCCUGGUGAUCGCUCUCGAGGGAAAGGAGUUCUUCCUCACCUGCUACCAGCAUUAUGGGGAAGUGAUGGAUAUUUGCGCCAUCCUCAAUGGCUCGGUCAACUUUAUCCUCUACUGCAGCAUGAAUCGCAUGUUCAGGAUCACGUUCGGGCAGCUGUUCAGGAACAGGAUUCUUCGUCGAUGGGCUCAACCGGCCGCUUCUGAUACUCCAACAGUCAUUCUUACAACCAACAAACUGGCCACAACAGCCGUUUAGUUACUGGGAAGAAACCCAUAAUAAAUGAAGGUUGUGAAUAAAAUGUGAUCGCUUAAAA